CGUGGGACCGCUGUAGCAAACAGAGCUGUGCGCCUGCGCACCGUGCAUAGCAACACUCAGGUCAGGGGCAGCAGAGACGACGAGGGAUCGUUUAUGCGCAUUUUGGGGACGAAAAGAGAUAAAACACCCCAAACAGAAUCGCAGGAAUCAUGGGGAGUGUGUUCCUGCCGGCAGACGCGGCCCACUCGGUGCUGCGGAGGCUGCGCAGGGCCAACUUCUUGCUGGAGGAGAUGAAGCAGGGUAACAUCCAGCGGGAGUGCCGUGAGGAGAUCUGCACCUAUGAGGAGGCCCGCGAGGCUUUCGAGAAUGACGAGAAGACGAGACGAUUCUGGGAGGAAUAUGUGCGGGAGAGCAGUCCAUCUGGAGGGCUGGAGACGGUGGUUGGCGGAGUCCAUUCGCUCUACUUGAUUGUGCCAUUGCUGCUGGUUGUGCUCAUCAUUGCCGCAGUCGCCAUCACUGUGUGGCGCUGCCACUCUCGCAAGCGCUCAGAGCGCAGCCCCAGCCUGGGACACUCGCAUCACGACCACGUCCUGUCAGUGGUUUCUAUGGACCAUUGGGGGAGGGAUUACCAACAUGGUGACCAAUCAGAACUCAGCGUCCACAGCAGCCCAGCUUAUCCAGGCUCAGAGCUCACAUCAGGGAGAGGAAGCGCCGGAGACCCGCCGCCAUCUUAUGAGGAGGCCGUGGGCAGUACAGACGUCCAAAUAGAGACGGAGCCGCCUCCACAGUAUGAGGAUAUAGUCAACACCAGCUCUACUAGUGUCAACGGUGGCCACGGGAAGUAAAACUGUCUUUCACUACCACCCCAACAAAAGCCCUAACCCACACUAAGACCAUCUUUUAUCAUUUAGCAGAGCCACUGUCGUGGUAUCACCAGCCUUCCCCAUUCAACACAAACACUGUUAACUGUCCGGUCAGUGGACUAAUGCAAUCUUUCCCGGAGGCAGCGCUGUUAAAAUUUGCACUAACCUUUCAUCAAUGAGGAGAAAGUGAUAUUGCAAUACCAAAACCAACCGACACCUCUGCUGAUUUUCCUCAAGUUGCAUCUAUGCUGUCGCACUGUAGCAAAUCAUUUAACUCAGCAGACAUAACAAGUGAUGCAUGUGGCCUAAAGAAAUAAGGGUUUUGAUUGCCAUAAUGAAGGACGACUAUUCUAAAAGUGUAUUUGGGGUUGGACCGAUGCUCUUUAGUCAGUGCCAAUUUUAUAGUAGUAACAGUCUAUAUUUUGCACCUAUUUUUAAUACCUUUUUAAAUUUUACCUCUUUGUUGUCAAAAAUAGGUAUUUACUUUUCCACCUAGCAUUUUGUACAUUGAAUAGGUUUGCUCUUCAAGAUUCAGAUACAGCAUUUAGAACACAACAGUUCCAGUGAAACCCAAAUUAAAGUUGCUUGCAUUAAGCAAUCAGGGACCAGUUGAGUUCAACAUCAACCUGUUAGCUCUGGUCUGACCGACUCCAGAUAGAAAUAUCUGGGUCUUUAGCUUUCGAAGUACUAAAAUACACUCAAAAAAUCAGUAAUUUACUUCAGCUCUUUACAGUUUGGUGCUGAGGAAGUAGUGGAGGCUUAGCUUGUGUGGGCUUGUUAACUGUAAAUAGCACAUAAAAAGGGAGCGUUAAGACCCAAGUAUUUAGUAAAUGAUCAGGAUAUAGAACAGUUAGUCAACACUUGGAGAGCUUCAGAGUUGGAUGUUAUUCUCAUUGGGUUCGGCACUACUAGUGAUUCUUCCACAUUACAGUCAGCAAUCAGAUUCACUGUUGAGAUAUAUAAAAUAUAACUUAUUACAGGUUUAAAUAGUCAAGUUGCCAAAUGAAUGCAUCGGUCCAACUUCAGUAUACACUUGUGAAUGUUUCAAAUUUAAAAUGUCCGUUAUAAUGGGUGUGUUGAAAUGUGUUUUGUGUAUGUGUGUCCUAUGUGCGUAUGUUGGUAAUGCAUGCAGCUUGGUCUGAUGUUGGAUCUGGCUCUGCACUGUUUGUUGAUGGUCAGUGCUACACUGGCCCAUGUCCACCUCUGGGCCAUUGACAGUGGCCCAGAGCCCGCUUUAACUGUGAAAAUCCUUGCCUCACCUUUCCCUUAAAGUAAAUGUCACCUUGUUGGAUUUGACUACAGACUCUUUCCUACUAGUACGGAGAUGAUUCUUCAAAUAGGUUUGCAGGUACACCAUAAAUGUAUGUCAUGGAGUGACUUGCACAGGAAUGUGGGACAGAAAUCAGUAGAAACAGAAGCUUUGGGAAAAGUCUUCUGAGGGGAGAGAUUCUGUAUUUAACGUCGAAAAGUCAAUGUUAAGCAUGGGUAAUGUUCCUGUAUAUACAUAUGUAUAGUCUGUAUGUGUGGAAAUAAAUCACGGUGAGAUGGUUUUUUUUACUGCAUACGAAUGCAGUGGAUGCAUUAAUACUAGUGUAACUACUAUACAGUAAGUUGUGAAUAAAUGAAGGCACUUUGUGUUUAAGCUCAAAAUGAGCAGUUUGAUGGAAACUAGGACAGUCUGGUUUGACGUCUUCAGCGUCACUCUCAGCCAUAACGAUGUCACUGUAAUCCUCUGGAAAAAAAGUGCUCAUAUUCUAUAUGCAAUGUUGCUGCAUACACUCUAAAAACCAAAUAUAUCUGUCUAAUGUUCAUGGAUACUGAUAAAUGUCACAUUUCAGUCUACACCUCACAGACUUUGAGCACUGAUUAGUUCUACUUUUUUUUGUGAGUUGACCUGUGAACCUCAGCACUUGCUAUGACCUUGAACUGAGUUGUGCUGGUGGGGGUAGCCAUUUUGGUUAGGUCAGUUGUACUGUUAUUUGCAGAGCCCUUUUUUUACAAUGCCUUAUCAAACAAACAAAAUGUUAUAUAACAUUAAAUGCAAGGGAACUUGUGAUAAAUCCUUUAUGUGCAAAAGCUUGAAUUAAUUUGUAAUAAAAUAUUAAAAAUGUGCAAUACG